AUGCAAGAAGAAGAUUUUUGUAGAGUUUGCAGGAACGGGUCAACCCCGGAUAAUCCAUUGUCUUAUCCAUGCAAAUGCAGUGGUUCAAUUAAGUAUAUUCAUCAAAAUUGUUUACUAGAAUGGAUACAACAUUCUAAAAGUUCAUCGUGUGAGUUAUGCGGUCAUCCAUUUAGAUUUACACCAAUUUAUUCAGACAAUACACCAGAUGUUAUUCCAUUUUAUGAAUUAAUAUCAGAAGCACUUAUUAGAUUUAAAUGGUAUAUUAAAAAGAUAUCAAGAAUCAUAUAUAUAAUUUUUUGUUGGUUAUUUAUAGUACCAACAUUAACAUGUUGGGUAUUUAAUUUAUUUUUUGGUCAAAAGUGGCUAUUACCACCACAAUUUAGAAAUGAGAAUAAUAAACUCAUCGAUAUUUUCUAUCAUUUUUUCAUUGGUACAACUUUAUUCUUUUGGAUUAUCUUAGCAUCAAUAGCAAGUUAUAUGAUACUCGAUUUUAUACAUCACAAACAUGCCGAAAUUGAAAUUCAAGACGAAUUCGAAAUUGAUAGAGAUGAUACAUAUUUAGAAAGAUUAAACAAUAAUAACAACAAUAUAAAUAGAAAUGUAACUCAACCACAACAACAACAUCCAAUUAUUAAUAAUAUUGAACAACCAAUAGGAAAUAUAGUACAGAAUGAUAAUAGUACAGAAAAUACAAAUAAUACAGAUAGUAGUAAUGAUAGUUUUGUAAUUAAUGAUGAACUAAGGUUCCAAAUCAAUGAUGAAAUACCAAAUAGAUUGCGUCAAAGAUUAAGAGAACAUCAACAACAACAACAACAACAUUUAGAGCAACUUCGUUUAUCAGAGGAGAGAGCUGUAGCAGCAAGUUUAAAUCACCAUAAUAAUAUUAAUAAUAAUAGCGCUGAAAAUGAUCAACAACAAGAUAAUCAACAUCAACCACAACCACAACCACAACCACAACCACAACCACAACCACAACAACAACAACAACAAAAUCAACAAAAUCAACAAAAUCAACAAGAUCAACAGGAAAGAGUAUUUUUUAGAAUACCAGGUGUAUUUGAGAUGUUAAGACUUCAAGAUGGCCCAGAAGAACAUGAAAAUGAUAUUGAAAAUGAUGAUCCAAAUCAAAUUGAUGAUUUAGAAACUUUCAUAGUUUAUAACAGUAUCUUUUUAUCAACAUUUUUGUAUAUCCCUUAUUUAAUUGGUCAAAUGUUAACUGAAAAAAUUUCAAUUGAUGUUAAGCAAGCUUUACAAAUUGCCGAUGGUACAAUUUCCCAAGGUGCUAUUUCAAUAAUUAUUGGUUAUUCAAUUCUUUCUGUAGUUGCUUUAUGUCUUCUUUCAUUUUUAAUUUCUCAAAAAAUAUCAGUAAAAGCUAUGACAUUAACACAUUCAUUUGUAAAGAUUGCAGUUAUAACAGUUUGUGAAUUGGGUAUUUUACCAAUUAUAGUUGGUGCAUUUAUCGAUUUUUGUUCACUCAGAGUUUUUGGUGGAUGCAUUCAAACUAGAAUCGAGUUUGCAUUGAAACAAAAACUAACAUUCUUAUUUUCGCGUUGGAUUUUCGGUAUCUUUUUCAUGGUAAACUUUACAAAUCUUUGCUCUAUUCUUCAUCAAGUCUUUAGAAAAGGUGUUAUUUGGUUUUUAAAAGAUCCUAAUGACCCAGAUUUUGAUCCAUUUAAAGAUAUGAUAAAGCUCUCAUUCAAGAGACAUGUAGUUAAAGUUUGUGUUUCUUUAUGUGCCUAUACCAUUAUUGGUUUCUUAUUUGUUUAUUUACCUGCCCUCUUUUUAACCCUAAUUCCAAACUUCUUACCAAUUAACAUUCUAAUGUCCGAUCCAAUUACCAAAGGUUCUGCUGAUGUCUUAUUUAUUGUUGCAAUUUCAUAUUUCCCAAAAUUUGAUGCAAGAGUAACAAUUAAAAAUAUAGUUAGUUUUUGGAUUAAUAAUGCAUCACGUUUCUUAAAAUUAGAUAGUUAUUUGCUUCCAGAUCCACAAGAAAAACUUCGACAACAAAACAGAAAUAAUAACAAUAAUCAGCAACAACAACAGGUACCAGCACAACAAAUAAAUAAAAAAACCACAGAGAAAAUCAAAAAAGAAAUUUAUAAACCAAAGAAUUUUAAAACAAGACUUUCAAUUUUUAUAUUUUUGGGAUGGUUAACUAUUUUCUCAACAAUUUGUGUUUAUAUUUCACUUCCAGUAUUCAUUGGUAGACUCACCCUUCAUCAAUUUGUAAAUUAUGAAAAUGAUAUUUAUAGCAUUUUAGUAGGUCUUCUUAUUAGUUGGGUAGUUUCAAAAGGAAUCUAUUUCUUAUUCUCACCAUUAAAUAAUGUUAAUAUUCUUCAAUGGAGUUUAGUUGGGGCAAAAAUUUUAUUACUUGGUGUUAUUAUGGGUAUUUUGAUUCCAUUAUUGACUGGUUAUUUAUUUGAUUUCAUUUUUAUGAUUCCAAUUAUGGCACCAUAUGAUGAAACAUUCUUUAUACAUUUCAGCGAUAUCUUCCAAAACUGGUGUCUUGGUUCUUUACUCUUAAAAUUCUGGUAUAAAUGGAUCACUGCAACUAAUCAACCAAAUAAUAAUCGUAAUAAUUUACUCGAAGAUUUAGAUAGACCAAGAGAUAAAUGGAUCGAUAGAUUUAAACAAUUUAAAAAUAAUGGUUUUACAAAUAUUGAUUUGAAGUUUACAUUUAGCAAAAUCAUUUUCCCAAUUUCCCACUUUUUACUAACAAUGUUAACAGUACCAUUUUGUAUUUCAAAAGGUUUAAUACCAUUCUUUGGUGGAAGUUUACUUUUAGAAUCAAUUUCAUUUAGAUAUGGUUUUGCAUGCUAUUGUUUUGUCCUUUUAUUUGAAAAAUUGGUUUAUAAAUCAAAAGAAUGGCUUGUUAAAUUCCACAAUGCAAUCAGAGACGACAAAUAUUUGGUUGGUAAACAAUUACAUAACUUGGAUGAACCAAAUAAAUCAAUUUUAAAUAAUAUUAAUGGAACAAAAGCAUCAACGAGCAAUAGUGCGACUGAAAAGAAUAUAGUAUCAAAUUAUAAAUCUAAUGAAUAA